CGAUGAAGUCGGUCCCAGUGUUCGAGACCGGCUGGACUGAUCAGUGGAGCCGCGAAGAGCCUGCCUUGACCGUGGGACGUAACACAGAUACUGCGGGCAGUGUUUGAAGAUGGCCCUGAACUAUGUGUGCCUGUCUGCCGGCGAUCGAAGAGGCCUGGUGGCCUACCGCUCUUCCCACGGCGACCUCAGCUCGUCGGCCUUAGCGUUGGCGAUGGUCUCUGGAGACAGCGUCCUCGUUACCAGUCCCGAGGAGAUUCUUCCAGAACCUAUUCUUCGGUCCACUGUGCGGCUGAACUUCCGGACCGAGAGCCGUCGGGCGCCUUGUGGCGGCCGGAGCCCGACCCGCUUUAUAGAGGGAAGGGAACAGGAGGCGCGGAGCCAAAGCCGCCGAGCCAGAUUCUCACCUUACCCGGGCCCUGCGGUUAAACUCGACCUCCUAAGAAGUGUCCUGCAACAGCGUCUGGUGGCACUUGGAGGUGUUAGCGCAGCCCGUCUUUCAGCUUAAAAUGAAUACCUUUCUCCGCCCCUCAGUUAGCUUGUGAA